AUUAUUAUAACAAUGGGAUUGUUGAGGUUGAUACCAAAUAAGGAGAUAUGUCAUGAAUGUAGUUAAGCCUAAGGACACACAUAGAUGUGGUUUGAGAAAAAUUUAAGGGCUGUUGUCAUUAUUAUAAAGACAAACAAAAUCCUGUGUCAGCUGGCUGGAGAAAUGGCUAAAUUCAGUGGAGGUUACGACUAUGAGUUUGUAGAUCAGCCCCCCAAAUCUUUGGAGUGUUCGAUAUGCCUUUUGACGCUACGAAACCCCAUGGUCAUCAGUUGCUGUGGUAACCACUUUUGUGACCCUUGCAUUGGUCGAGUCAAGAGUAACAGAAAUCCUUGUCCUCUCUGCAAUUCUCCAGACUUCACAACGUUUCUCCACAAGGGUGUGGCCCGAGAGGUGAAUGCCCUGAGGGUGUAUUGUCCCAAGAAGGUCCAGGACUGUGACUGGCAAGGGGAGCUAGGACAAGUGGACCACCACCUCAACCCCACGGCUAACUCAAGGGGGUGUGGCUUUGUCAUGGUUGAGUGCAAGUACAAGUGCGGGGGAAAGUUUGAGCGACGAAUCAUUGAUUAUCAUGAGGCUGACGAUUGUGCUAAGCGACCAAUCGAAAUGCAGAUGGCUUUUUUUGCUAGAAAAUUAGAGAUGCUAGCUACCGAGAACAGGGCUGAAGUAUCAGCACUUAAAGCUGAGAAUGCGUCACUGAAACAGCAAAUAGAAGCUCGACCACUACCACCAGUACCGCCUUUUUACUUUACCCUGUAUAACUAUCAGCGGUGCAAGGAGGAAAACAGAGCAAUAAUGAGCCCACCCUUCUAUUCUCAUGCUAAAGGUACAAAAUGUGCUUACAAAUAUUCCCAAAUGGAUCCAAAACUGGAGCGAAUACACACUUGUCAUUGUUUGCUGUAAUAAUGAGAGGCGAGUUCGAUGACACGCUUCAGUGGCCGUUCACAGGAAGAGUCACCAUAGAUAUGUACAGAUUUAAGUUAGAGCAAUGGACUCAAAUACAAGUACUCGAUUUCAAGGAAAGUCCAGUUAAUUAUACGAAGGACAGUUCUUCAAACGGUGGUUACGGGUAUUCUACUUUUUUUCCACAAGACCAAGUUGCAGCAGAGUACAUAUUCAAGGAAGAAAGUUAUACAUUUGUUCGCUUUCGAGUAAAUCGUGUGGAACUAGUUUGAAUGUGUGUAUUUUAUUAUAGAUCUAAUACG